GCAUCUAUAGGGAUCUGUCGGUAUCAGAGCGGGUGUUUCAAGGAACUGUUCCAUUGCUAUUUACUAUAUAAAGCCACGAGAAUAAGAACAGAUAGAAUAUCACCAUCAUCUUCUUCUCUACCUAGUUCGAUAUCGAGCGAACGUCCGAAGCAGAAGAUAGUCCAACUUUCAAGUUCAUCCAACGCCAAGGGAAAUAGACCGUCACGCUAUUUACCACCACGGGCGACUCUAUCGUUAGUAAAAAUGGCGGGUGAGUUUGAGAAAAAGCAAGUUUCGUCUCUUGUGGCACUCCCCAAUGAGAUUCUAUAUCAGGUUGCUAACUAUCUAGAGUAUGCUGAUGACGCCAGUGCGUUGUCACGAAGCUGCCGUUUUCUCUAUUCGCUCGUCAAUCCAACCCUGAUUGCACGCUACGCCAAGAGUCACCAGAAACAAGCCAUUCAAUGCGCCCUCGAAAAGGGCGACCAUAUCCUCCUGCAACGACUCCUUGAAGCAGGGGUGAAACUUGGCCGCGACGUGCGCAAGGAAAUGUUCACCAAUGCUGCCGAGCGCGGAUACACGGAGCUGCUCCGAUUUUUGCAAGAUGCUAACCUCGGGGGUGAUCCUAGAGAGACAAGAGAGUACAAUUUGCCGUUUGUAUCUGCCGUUCUACAUGAGCGCUGGGAGACAGCGAGGUUUCUCGUAUCUCGCGGGGCAGAUCCCAAUUAUAUUGUCCCCUGGGGAUGGGAGCCCAGCACCCUCAAUGCCAUGGCGCGGAGAGGGUGUCUGGAUGGUGUGCGCUUCCUAGUUGAGGAAGGGGUGUCGUCCCUAGAAGUUCCUUGGAGGGGCCGGACUCCGCUUAUGAAUGCCGCUCGUUGUGGGAGCUUGGAUGUUGUGAAAUAUCUCAUCGCAGCUGGGGCAAAGCACAGGACGAAGGAUGAAUAUGGCCGAACUGCUAUAUUUCAUGCGGCGCAUAAGAAUCAUGAGGACAUUAUGUUGUUCCUGAUAGGUUUAGAGAAAGGCGCUGACAUCUUUGAGGCUGAUUCUGAUAUGGAGGCUUUAGUUUAUGCAGCGAAUUCCAAGAAAGGCAUCGGUGCUGCCAAAUUGUUGCUCGACAGGGUCAAUAUUGAGGCAAAACUUGCAUAUCGAUAUACACGUCACCAUGGACCUGCCCUCUUGUCUGCUAGUGCAAUGGUAGGCUGCGAGCCGACUGUUCAACUCUUGCUGAAUGAGGGCUGUGAUCCCUUGGAGCACCGGUGCUAUGCUGUAAAUUGUUUGCGUCAGGAGCUCCACGACCCCUUGGGGCAGGCAACCGCGAAGGGUCAUGGAAAUAUUGUCCGACGAUUCUUGCGCUUUAUACAGGUUCACAACCCGUCGAUGCUUGAAAGAUCUCGCGCGCGUGUGAUUAUCUCGGCGUCCCGGGCCAACCAGGUGCAGCUCUUGCGAGAAAUCCUGGACGGCAAGAUAACGCGGAAGUGGAAUCUGGGCAAGACUCUAGACGACGCUCUAGUGUGGGCUUCGUAUGCUACGUCGCACAAGGAAGCAAUUCUUCUGCUGAUUGAGCGGGGCGCGACUAUGGGAAAGGACAAGCAGCGCGACUUCGAGAUACUCUGCCGUGUUGCAGCACAGGGUAGUCCAGAAGUCGUGCGAUUGCUCCUCAACAAAACCGGCUUCAUGCCAAUGUCGCAGCUCCAUGGUCAUAGUCUAUCGUCGGUGGAUGGCCGAUUCACAUAUGUCUAUGAGAACGCACUGUUCGGGUUGGUUUCUCACCCCAGCAGCGAUGCGAAGAUAGAGAGGAUCCGACCUCUUCUAGAGUCGAACUAUGGCGGCUCUCCCCCUAGUGACCAGAGCCUCCGAGCAGCUCUAGGAAUGGCAGUCUAUAACGGCCAUGUGGAUAUCGUCAAAUACUUUCUCGACCGCGGUUUUGAUGCCAAUUUGCUGGUCCCGGUCUUUCCGGGUGCCGAAUAUAAGAGAUUACUCGCUAUAGCCGCUGGAGGCAAAACCCCUCGGGCGAACGAGAUGACCAGUUUUCUCCUGACGUCUGGUGCCGACGUGGAAGCCAGAGGCGGCCUUGAUGGUGCAACGGCAUUAAAGUAUGCCGUACGGUGCCCCAACUACGACACUGUCAAGAUCCUGCUCAACCACGGCGCCAACCCCCUUGCUACAUGCGAUCACUACGAUAAACUUACAGGCGGCCCGACGCCUCUGCAUGACGCUUUAUACUGGCGCUGGAAUGAGAUGCUGCCCAUUCUUCUGAAAGCAGUUGAAGAGAAAGGGCUGCAAUGGGAUAUCAAGAGUUCUCUAAAUGACCUCAAAGCUCAAAAUGGGCAUCAUCUUCAUCAGUAUGGAAGUGAUCUGUUUGUGUGGGCAGUAGUGAAGCAACUGACGCAGCAUCAAUGUCGAAUGACUCAUCCAUGUCCAUAG